AUGGCGGCACCAUCCCCGCCAACAAUGCGCGCCUGGCAAUACAGCACUUCCUCGGCACCCCUCUCCCAAACCAUCCACCUCAACCCCUCCGCUCCCCAACCACCAUUUUCCUCAGAUAAACCCCAAAUGCUCAUCUCCGUAACAAGCAUGAGCUUCAAUCCUGCCGACUACAAAAUCGCCGAAAUGCCACCCCUCAUUAACGGCCUCAUGGUCACCAAGCCCGCAACACCGGGCUUAGAUUUCAGCGGGCGUAUCGUCAAACUCGGUUCCCCAACAAAUGUCUUUAAAGUCGGGGAUCGAGUCUUUGGUCGAUUGGAUCCAGGACGAUUUGGAUCACUAUGGGAGUUUGUCGUUACGGGUUAUGAAGCGUGUGCGGUUCUUCCCGAGAAGGGAUUGGAUGAGGAUCUUGCUGCGGGGGUAGGCACCGCGGGCUUGACUGCGUAUCAGUGUAUCGUGCCGAAUGUAAAGGAGGGGGAUAAAGUGUUUAUUAAUGGGGGGUCAGGGUCUGUGGGAGGGUUUGGCGUGCAGAUUGCUAAGGCGGUGGGAUGCCACGUUACGGUGUCUUGUUCGACGAAGAAUGUGGAACUGUGUAAAGAGUAUGGAGCAGACGAGGUGAUUGAUUAUACGACUACGGAUGUUACCAAGAAUUUGGUUGAGGACGGGCUUGUUUACUCUCUCGUUGUUGAUAAUGUUGGGACUUCUCCGGCGGAUUUGUACAGGCAGGCGGAUAAGUUUCUCUUGCCUGGAGGUAAAUUCAUGCAAGUGGGCGGUAGCGCAUCGCUUGAGACCGUUAGGGUCUUUAUGAGCAGAAUGUUGCUGCCCAAGAUCCUAGGUGGUGGCGUUAGAAAGAUCGAGGCGUAUGUUACGAAGAAUAUUAGGGAGGAUUUGGAACAGAUCACUCAGUGGAUUGUUGAUGGGAAGGUCAAGGUGCCCCUUGAGCAGGUCUUUGAGUAUGAAGAUGUACCGAAAGCUAUUGAGCUUUUGAAAAAGGGUGGUUGUAAGGGGAAAAUCAUUGUACAUGUAGGGAAGUGA